CGUCAACCAGACGAAGUAAACGUCCUUGUUGUCUUCGCUGAUUGCAUCCAGAACACAUAUCUCAAGGCGGAAUUACAAUUACAACCUCUCGACCUCCUCUUCGAAUCACUUACGUAUCCUCUAACUCCGAACCUCAUCACUUCACCGCCACCAAAAGCUCGGCCAUGAACGCGGAUAUCAUCCCAGCUUUCAUCCGGGAGCAGGGAGACCUAGCUCCUCAGGAGCUUCGGCCGCUCAUCUUUACAUUGGAGGAAUUCUGGGAGCGGAAGCUAUGGCAUCAGCUUACCGACGUCCUCAUCGAAUUUUUCAACGACCCUAGGAGCGCUCCGCAGCGACUCGAGUUCUAUAAAGUCUUCAUCCUCACAUUCGCUGAUAAGAUCAACCCACUGAGGCUUGUUGACCUUGCUCUCAAAGCUGCGACACAAUGCACAGACAACGAAGAGCGGCUUGCCUUCAUGGCGGCAGUCGCCAAGAAGGUCGACAACGAGGAUUCCCAAGACGCCUUCGUCUUCGCAACCGUAGCAGUUGCGCGAGUGAAGCUCGAUCUGGGUGACGUCGACGGCGCGCGGAAAGCGCUCGACACGGCGGAGCGGAUCCUCGACAGCUUCGACUCGGUCGAGACCAUCGUACAUGCGGCCUUCUACGGGGCCAAUGCCGACUACUAUCAGGCCAAGAUGGACUUUGGGUCGUACUAUAAGAAUGCACUGCUCUACCUCGCCUGCAUCGACCUCAACUCCCUCCAGCCCGCCGAGCGGCGCAGCCGGGCCUACGACCUCAGCAUCGCCGCGCUGGUAAGCACGAGCAUCUACAACUUCGGCGAGCUGCUGCUGCACCCGAUCCUGGAUGCCCUGGCCGGGAAGGAGGAUGUCUGGCUGCGCGACCUUCUCUACGCCUUUAACCGCGGCGACCUGGCGGCGUACGACGUACUGUCGGGCCACAUCUCGGACAACGAGCUGCUGGCGCGGCACGCGGCCCAGCUGCGGCAGAAGAUCUACCUCGCGGCGCUGACCGAGGCCGUCUUCCGCCGCCCGCCCCACGACCGCGCCAUGACGUUCGCCACCAUCGCGGCCGAGACAAAGGUGCGCCCCGACGAGAUCGAGCACCUCAUCAUGAAGGCCCUGAGCCUCGGCCUCCUGCGCGGCACCAUCGACCAGGUCGACGAGGUCGCAAACAUCAACUGGGUCCAGCCAAAGGUGCUCGACAUGGGCCAGAUCGGGGACAUGAGGCAGCGGUUGACAGACUGGGACUCGAGCGUCAACCAGCUCGGGAACUGGAUCGAGUCUAAGGGCCAGGAUGUCUGGGCGUCGUGAGGUGGGGGCGGGUUGUCGCCGCAUUGGGACGAUGAAAUGGGAACGUUUACGGGAUCCUCUGAGAAAGGUGUCUGGUCUGGACGCCCCGACCGCCGUGGCAUGUACCAAUAGAAGACAUAAUAGACCAAAGAGUUUGGAAGGGAGACGGGGAGGAUCAGAGGGGAAGGAAAGGCUUUGAGUAGAUGACUUUUCGCGAAGGUCAUCAAAAUGACAUAUUUACUCACACCCCAUUCUUCUCUUUCCCUGUCUUCAGAAUACUUCCUAAUACUGGAAACACUGCCGUUUUCUGUCUUGGAGCCAUGUCCUCCAUCCAGCCUAUGAAGUCCUGGUAUCUAGAUGAAAAUAAAAUAAAUGCCCGAAAAGAAAAUGAGACACUAGGUCCCAUGGAGCCCAUCCUUAUCGCACCUCUUCCUUGCCCUGUUGUACACUAACCUCCCCACCGUUUCUCUAACAAUCAAGCCGUCUUCGCCUUCCCCUCCGCCGCCGGCUCCGG